AUGGAGCACAGAGUAUUAGAACUUUACAGCGGUAUUGGGGGAAUGCAUAUUGCUUUAAAAGAAUCAAGAAUAAAUGGAGAAGUAGUUGCAGCUGUGGAUAUAAAUACAAUUGCUAAUGAAGUUUAUUGUCAUAACUUUCCGGCGACACUUAGAUAUUAUUGUAUAGCAAGGAAGACGGCUUCGGCAUGGCAUUUUAAAAGAAAGGAAGAAAUAAUUGGGGUUCUACCAAAAGCCUUUGAUGAACCAUAUACUUUAGAAAGUAUAAUAGAAAAAGAUGUCCCAGACACAUUUGCAUUAACUAAUAAAUUAUUAAAGCGUGGUUAUAUUGAACCAUUAGCUAACACU